AUGCUGCUUGGCGUCUAUGCCCUCCUGUUCGUCCUCCUCAUUGUUUACAUAGCAAACAAGGUCUACCUUUCACCGCUAUCUAAAAUCCCCGCCUCGCAUUGGUCUGCCAGAUUCAGUCCUAUCUGGUCUCUCUGGGUACGGUACCGAGGAACCGAGUUGUCUGAACUUGUCAAAGCCCACAGAAAGCACGGCCCAAUAGUUCAGGUUGGCCCCCAAGAUAUCAGUAUAAGUUCAUAUCAGGAUGGAAUACGGAAAGUCUAUGAUGCAGGAUUCGGGAAACCAUCCUCGUUUUACUCAUUCUUCAACUACUACGGGUUAGUUUAA